AUGGGACUAUGCAGUGGUAACAACGAUAAGCAAGUGGAGGAGGUUAAUGAAAGGAUUUUAAAAGACGAGACUGAAGAUCCUGUAUCGGAUAAGUUAGGAUCGAUUACAGACUCGAUGUCAUCGAUUUGGAAAGACUCGUCUUCGUUGUGGUCUCACGCUUUGGAUAAUCCAGAUAAGUUUUUGACACAACUCACUGGGUCUCAAAACAAUCAUGAUAGGGAUUUGUGGGAUAACUUUGCGAUGAGUGCUUCCGAUGCCAUGGGCUCUUUGCUGGACGUCAUGGGACUACCAGGAGGUUAUGGCAACCCCAAUAGGGUGAAGUAUUUGAUGGAUGAGCCUUUCACAUCGGAUGAAGUGGUCAGACAAGGGAUCACAGGUCUUUACAACUAUAGAACUCCGACCGAGCUGCAAUUCACAGAAUGUAAUAAAGUUGGAGGACUUUCAGUGUGGAACACUAAGGGCUGGUGGAGAUGUCUUUUCCCUGAGAAGGAAGUAAGCGAGCGGCUAGCAGACCAAAAGGACAAAUUGCAGUAUGUUUUGACCAAGGAGAAAGUUGAGGGCGACAGUAAGCACAAGUUUGGGUUAUUCUUCCCUGAAUAUACUGGAUUUUUAACCUGGAAAAGCCAUAUGAACCAGUUGAUUCGAGAAAGGGCCGAUAAGGAGGUAGCUGUGAUCCAAACUGAGCCCAAGCUCUCCACACCAGAAGAUCUUAUGGUAGAUACGAGUAAAAUGAACGAUGACAGAGAUAAGAAGGUUAUUGGCACGUCUGAGUAUGUCACGUACACCUAUACUCCAGAAGGUCAGAAGGAAGUAAAGAAGACAAAGACCUUUUACGAUAAUGGCACAGUGCUUGUAAGGUCUGAGAACAAGCUAACUCCAGCCGACAGGAGCGAGCCACAAUUUGAUACAUCCGAAAAGAUCAUUUCAGUCAAGGAUGAUGAGAAAUGA